ACGGGCGUCCGCGGCUGCGGAAGCUAGUCUCCGCCGUUGUCGGAGCCGCAACCUCACAGCACCCGGCCCGUCCGGGCCUCUGCCGCGCGGAGCCCCUCCCCGCGUUGCUCAGCUCACAGGCCUCGCGGGAGCCCGCCGCUGCCGCCUCUCUCCCGAGAGGCGGCCGCCUCAGCCCUCGGUGCUCCGGUCGGCGCCGGGAGCGAGGAGCGAGCCGCAGCAAAGCGACCAGGCCCGGAGCGGGGACAGAGGCGGCGACUACGAGAAGGUGAAGCCGCCACUGCAGGAGGAGGAGCGGGAGGAGGUGACGCAGGAGAAACGCACCGCCCGGAGCCCGUCUGAGCUCAGUUAGAGCCCCGGCCCGAGGGGAGAAGAGGGAAGAGGCCGCCACCGCCGGCUGAGGAGGAGGAGGAGGCGGCCGCGGCCACCGCUGCUGCAGGGCGGGCGCGGCGAGCAGCGAAUUCCGGCGCCCCCGUGCAGCUUCCUGGUCUUGACGCCCGCAGCCUCUCGACACACUUUGUCGCCAGUCACCCCCGGGCCUGGGAUGCACCCAGGGUCGGCCUUGUCCUGGGACUGAGUCUUGCAGCUGCCUGCUGCUUCCGCGUGCCCUGCUUCUGAGGAGAAAACGCCCGGGUCGUGCGGAUCUUGAAAUAAAUAUUCUGACAUCUCAAGAAGAUGAGGGAUUUCGUCGAUGUCUCUUCAAAGAUAAUUUUUUUUUCAGAUGGUUAUGCAAUGGUCUCUGCAAGAUGGUUUAUUCUUGAAUUGGAGCUUUUUAAGACUGACAAAUGCUGGUACUUCAUCUUCUAUAAGUGGACUAUAAUUUCUUUUCUCAAGACAACUACAUAAGCAGACAAAAUUGCAAAGAUCUGCCCUGUGUCGAGUAUGACAGCCACGACUCGUGGCUCUCCGGUAGGAGGGAAUGACAGCCAGGGCCAGGCUCCUGAUGGACAGUCUCAGCCCCCCCUCCAACAGAAUCAGACUUCAUCGCCUGAUUCUUCCAAUGAAAAUUCCCCGGCAACUCCCCCAGAUGAACAAGGUCAAGGUGAUGCCCCACCACAGCUUGAAGAUGAGGAACCUGCAUUUCCGCAUACUGACCUGGCAAAGUUGGAUGACAUGAUCAAUAGGCCUCGAUGGGUGGUUCCAGUUUUGCCAAAAGGGGAAUUAGAAGUGCUUUUAGAAGCUGCUAUUGAUCUUAGUAAAAAAGGCCUUGAUGUUAAAAGUGAAGCUUGUCAGCGAUUUUUCCGAGAUGGGCUAACAAUAUCAUUCACUAAAAUCCUUACAGAUGAGGCAGUGAGUGGCUGGAAGUUUGAAAUUCAUAGGUGUAUUAUCAACAAUACUCAUCGUCUGGUGGAGCUAUGUGUGGCCAAGUUGUCCCAAGACUGGUUUCCACUUCUAGAACUUCUCUCCAUGGCCUUAAAUCCUCAUUGCAAAUUCCAUAUCUACAAUGGUACACGUCCAUGUGAAUCUGUUUCCUCAAGUGUUCAAUUGCCUGAAGAUGAACUCUUUGCUCGUUCUCCAGACCCUCGCUCACCAAAAGGUUGGCUGGUGGAUCUUCUCAACAAGUUCGGCACUUUAAAUGGGUUCCAGAUUUUGCAUGAUCGUUUUAUUAAUGGAUCAGCAUUAAAUGUUCAAAUAAUUGCAGCCCUUAUAAAACCAUUUGGGCAGUGCUACGAGUUUCUCACUCUUCAUACAGUGAAAAAGUACUUUCUUCCAGUAAUAGAAAUGGUUCCACAGUUUUUAGAAAACUUAACUGAUGAAGAGCUGAAAAAAGAAGCAAAGAAUGAAGCCAAAAAUGAUGCCCUUUCAAUGAUUAUUAAAUCUUUGAAGAAUUUGGCUUCAAGGGUUCCAGGACAAGAAGAAACUGUAAAAAAUUUAGAAAUAUUUAGGUUAAAAAUGAUACUUAGAUUACUGCAAAUUUCGUCUUUCAAUGGAAAGAUGAAUGCACUGAAUGAGGUUAAUAAGGUGAUAUCUAGUGUGUCUUAUUACACUCAUCGACAUGGUAACCCUGAGGAGGAAGAGUGGCUCACAGCUGAACGAAUGGCAGAAUGGAUACAGCAGAACAAUAUCUUAUCCAUAGUAUUGCGAGAUAGUCUGCAUCAACCACAGUAUGUAGAAAAGCUAGAGAAGAUUCUUCGUUUUGUCAUUAAAGAAAAAGCUCUGACAUUACAAGAUCUUGAUAAUAUCUGGGCAGCACAGGCAGGGAAGCAUGAAGCCAUUGUGAAGAAUGUACAUGAUCUGCUGGCAAAGUUAGCAUGGGAUUUUUCUCCUGAACAACUUGAUCAUCUUUUUGAUUGCUUUAAGGCCAGUUGGACAAAUGCAAGUAAAAAGCAGCGUGAAAAGCUACUUGAGCUGAUACGUCGCCUUGCAGAAGAUGAUAAAGAUGGUGUGAUGGCGCACAAAGUGUUGAACCUACUGUGGAAUCUGGCCCACAGUGAUGAUGUACCUGUAGACAUCAUGGACCUGGCUCUCAGUGCCCACAUAAAAAUACUAGAUUAUAGUUGCUCACAGGACCGUGACACACAGAAGAUCCAGUGGAUAGAUCGCUUUAUAGAAGAACUUCGUACAAAUGACAAAUGGGUAAUUCCUGCGCUGAAACAAAUUAGAGAAAUUUGUAGUUUGUUCGGUGAAGCCCCUCAAAAUUUGAGUUCUUCUCGUUUCAGUCAAACUCAGCGAAGUCCCCAUGUAUUUUACCGCCAUGACUUAAUCAAUCAACUUCAGCACAAUCAUGCCCUAGUUACUUUGGUAGCAGAAAACCUUGCAACUUAUAUGGAAAGCAUGAGGCUGUAUGCUAGAGAUCAUGAAGACUAUGACCCCCAAACUGUGAGGCUGGGAAGUAGAUACAGUCAUGUUCAAGAAGUCCAAGAACGGCUUAACUUCCUUAGAUUUUUAUUGAAGGAUGGCCAACUGUGGCUAUGUGCUCCUCAGGCAAAACAAAUAUGGAAAUGCUUAGCAGAGAAUGCAGUUUACCUUUGUGAUCGUGAAGCCUGCUUUAAGUGGUAUUCCAAGUUGAUGGGGGAUGAACCAGACUUGGAUCCUGAUAUAAAUAAAGACUUCUUUGAAAGUAAUGUGCUUCAGCUUGAUCCAUCCCUAUUAACUGAGAAUGGAAUGAAAUGUUUUGAGCGAUUCUUCAAAGCUGUGAAUUGUCGAGAAGGAAAACUAGUAGCCAAAAGGAGAGCAUAUAUGAUGGAUGAUUUGGAGUUAAUAGGAUUAGACUAUCUUUGGAGGGUUGUGAUUCAAAGUAAUGACGAUAUUGCCAGCAGAGCUAUAGAUCUUCUUAAAGAAAUAUAUACAAACCUUGGUCCGAGGCUACAGGUCAAUCAGGUGGUAAUCCAUGAAGACUUCAUUCAGUCUUGCUUUGAUCGUUUGAAAGCCUCUUAUGAUACACUAUGUGUUUUGGAUGGUGACAAAGACAGUAUUAAUUGUGCAAGGCAGGAGGCUGUUCGAAUGGUUCGUGUAUUAACUGUGUUAAGGGAGUACAUAAAUGAAUGUGACAGUGAUUAUCACGAGGAAAGAACAAUUCUACCUAUGUCAAGAGCUUUCCGUGGUAAACACCUCUCUUUUAUAGUUCGAUUUCCAAACCAGGGCAGACAAGUUGAUGACUUGGACGUAUGGUCUCAUACAAAUGAUACGAUCGGUUCAGUAAGACGAUAUAUUCUCAAUCGUAUUAAAGCCAAUGUAGCUCAUACAAAAAUUGAGCUCUUUGUGGGCGGUGAACUGAUAGAUCCUGCAGAUGACAGAAAAUUGAUUGGACAAUUAAACUUGAAAGAUAAAUCACUAAUUACAGCCAAACUUACACAGAUAAGUUCCAAUAUGCCUUCAAGCCCUGAUAGUUCUUCUGAUUCCUCAACUGGGUCUCCUGGAAACCAUGGUAAUCAUUACAGUGAUGGUCCCAAUCCAGAAGUGGAAAGCUGUUUACCUGGGGUGAUAAUGUCAUUGCAUCCCAGAUACAUCUCUUUCCUUUGGCAAGUUGCAGACUUAGGCAGCAGCCUAAAUAUGCCUCCUCUUAGAGAUGGAGCAAGAGUACUUAUGAAGCUUAUGCCACCAGAUAGCACAACAAUAGAAAAGUUAAGAGCUAUUUGUUUAGAUCACGCCAAACUUGGAGAAAGCAGCCUUAGUCCAUCUCUUGACUCGCUUUUCUUUGGUCCUUCAGCCUCACAAGUGCUAUACCUAACAGAGGUAGUCUAUGCCUUGUUAAUGCCUGCUGGUGCACCUCUGGCUGAUGAUUCCUCUGAUUUUCAAUUUCACUUCUUGAAAAGUGGUGGCCUGCCCCUCGUCCUGAGCAUGCUAACCAGAAAUAACUUCCUACCAAAUGCAGAUAUGGAAACUCGAAGGGGUGCUUACCUCAAUGCUCUUAAAAUAGCCAAACUGUUGCUAACUGCCAUUGGCUAUGGCCACGUUCGAGCUGUGGCAGAAGCUUGUCAGCCAGGUGUAGAAGGCGUGAAUCCCAUGACAUCGGUCAACCAAGUUACUCAUGAUCAAGCCGUGGUGCUACAAAGUGCCCUUCAGAGCAUUCCUAAUCCAUCAUCUGAAUGCAUGCUUAGAAAUGUGUCCAUUCGUCUUGCUCAGCAAAUAUCUGAUGAGGCUUCAAGAUAUAUGCCUGAUAUCUGUGUAAUUAGAGCUAUUCAGAAAAUCAUCUGGGCAUCAGGAUGUGGGGCAUUACAGCUAGUAUUUAGCCCAAAUGAAGAAAUCACUAAAAUUUAUGAGAAGACCAACGCAGGCAAUGAGCCAGACUUGGAAGAUGAACAGGUUUGCUGUGAAGCAUUGGAAGUGAUGACGUUGUGUUUUGCCUUGAUUCCGACAGCCUUGGAUGCUCUUAGUAAAGAAAAGGCUUGGCAGACAUUCAUUAUUGACUUACUAUUGCACUGUCACAGCAAAACUGUUCGCCAGGUCGCACAAGAGCAGUUCUUUUUGAUGUGCACCAGAUGUUGCAUGGGACACAGGCCUCUACUUUUCUUCAUUACUCUGCUCUUCACCGUGUUGGGGAGCACAGCCAGAGAGAGAGCUAAGCAUUCAGGCGACUACUUCACCCUUUUAAGACACCUUCUUAAUUAUGCUUACAAUAGUAAUAUUAACAUACCCAAUGCUGAAGUUCUUCUCAAUAAUGAAAUUGAUUGGCUUAAGAGAAUUAGGGAUGAUGUUAAAAGAACAGGUGAAACAGGUGUUGAAGAGACAAUCUUAGAAGGUCACCUUGGGGUAACAAAAGAAUUAUUGGCCUUUCAAACCCCUGAGAAAAAGUAUCAUAUUGGUUGUGAAAAAGGAGGUGCUAAUCUCAUUAAAGAAUUAAUUGAUGAUUUCAUCUUCCCUGCAUCCAAUGUUUACCUGCAAUAUAUGAGAAAUGGAGAGCUGCCCGCUGAACAGGCAAUUCCAGUCUGUAGCUCCCCAGCUACCAUUAACGCUGGUUUUGAGUUACUUGUAGCGUUAGCUGUUGGCUGCGUGAGGAAUCUCAAACAGAUAGUAGAUUCUUUGACUGAAAUGUAUUAUAUUGGCACAGCAAUAACUACUUGUGAAGCACUUACAGAGUGGGAAUAUCUGCCACCUGUUGGACCCCGCCCACCUAAAGGAUUUGUGGGGCUGAAAAAUGCUGGUGCUACUUGCUACAUGAAUUCUGUGAUUCAGCAACUCUACAUGAUUCCCUCCAUCAGGAACGGUAUUCUUGCAAUUGAAGGCACAGGUAGUGAUGUAGAUGAUGAUAUGUCUGGGGAUGAGAAGCAGGACAAUGAGAGCAAUGUUGAUCCCAGAGAUGAUGUAUUUGGAUAUCCUCAACAAUUUGAAGACAAACCAGCAUUAAGUAAAACAGAAGAUAGGAAGGAGUAUAAUAUCGGUGUCCUAAGACACCUUCAAGUCAUCUUUGGUCAUUUAGCUGCUUCUCGUCUACAGUACUAUGUGCCCAGAGGAUUUUGGAAACAGUUCAGGCUUUGGGGUGAGCCUGUUAAUCUGCGUGAACAGCAUGAUGCUUUAGAAUUUUUUAAUUCACUGGUGGAUAGUUUAGAUGAAGCUUUGAAAGCCUUGGGACAUCCAGCUAUGCUAAGUAAAGUCUUAGGAGGUUCCUUUGCUGAUCAGAAGAUUUGCCAGGGCUGCCCACAUAGAUACGAGUGUGAAGAAUCUUUUACGACUUUGAAUGUAGACAUUAGAAAUCACCAAAAUCUUCUUGAUUCUUUGGAACAAUAUGUCAAAGGAGAUUUAUUAGAAGGUGCAAAUGCAUAUCAUUGUGAAAAAUGCAAUAAAAAGGUUGAUACCGUAAAGCGCUUGCUAAUUAAAAAAUUACCUCCCGUUCUUGCUAUCCAACUGAAAAGAUUCGAUUAUGACUGGGAAAGAGAAUGUGCAAUCAAAUUCAAUGAUUAUUUUGAAUUUCCUCGAGAGCUGGACAUGGAACCUUACACAGUCGCAGGUGUUGCAAAGCUGGAAGGAGAUAAUGUAAACCCAGAGAGUCAGUUGAUACAGCAGAAUGAGCAGUCUGAAAGUGAGACGGCAGGAAGCACAAAAUACAGACUCGUGGGCGUGCUGGUACACAGUGGCCAAGCAAGUGGUGGACAUUAUUAUUCUUACAUCAUUCAAAGGAAUGGUGGAGAUGGUGAGAGAAAUCGCUGGUAUAAAUUUGAUGAUGGAGAUGUAACAGAGUGUAAAAUGGAUGACGACGAAGAAAUGAAAAACCAGUGUUUUGGCGGAGAGUAUAUGGGAGAGGUAUUUGAUCACAUGAUGAAGCGCAUGUCCUACAGGCGCCAGAAAAGGUGGUGGAAUGCUUACAUACUUUUUUAUGAACGAUUGGAUACUAUAGACCAGGGUGAUGAGUUGAUAAGAUACAUAUCUGAGCUUGCUAUCACCACAAGACCCCAUCAGAUUAUUAUGCCAUCAGCCAUCGAGAGAAGUGUACGGAAGCAGAAUGUGCAAUUCAUGCAUAACCGAAUGCAGUACAGUCUAGAAUAUUUUCAGUUCAUGAAAAAACUGCUUACGUGUAACGGUGUUUACUUAAAUCCUCCACCAGGGCAAGAUCACCUGUUGCCUGAAGCAGAAGAAAUCACUAUGAUUAGUAUUCAGCUUGCUGCUAGGUUCCUUUUUACCACAGGAUUUCACACCAAGAAAAUCGUCCGUGGCUCUGCCAGUGAUUGGUAUGAUGCACUGUGUAUUCUCCUUCGUCACAGCAAGAAUGUCCGUUUUUGGUUUGCUCACAAUGUCCUUUUUAAUGUUUCAAAUCGCUUUUCUGAAUACCUUCUGGAGUGCCCCAGUGCAGAAGUAAGGGGUGCAUUUGCAAAACUUAUAGUUUUUAUUGCACAUUUUUCCUUGCAAGAUGGGCCAUGUCCUUCACCUUUUGCAUCUCCCGGACCUUCUAGUCAGGCAUAUGACAACUUAAGCCUAAGCGAUCACCUACUAAGGGCAGUUCUCAAUCUCUUGAGAAGGGAAGUUUCAGAGCAUGGGCGUCAUUUGCAGCAGUAUUUCAAUCUGUUUGUAAUGUAUGCCAAUUUAGGUGUGGCAGAGAAGACACAACUUCUGAAAUUGAAUGUACCUGCCACCUUUAUGCUUGUGUCUUUAGAUGAAGGUCCAGGUCCUCCAAUCAAAUAUCAGUAUGCUGAAUUAGGCAAAUUGUACUCCGUUGUGUCACAGCUGAUCCGCUGUUGCAAUGUCUCUUCAAGAAUGCAGUCUUCAAUCAAUGGUAAUCCUCCUCUUCCCAAUCCUUUUGGUGAUCCUAAUUUAUCACAACCUAUAAUGCCAAUUCAGCAGAAUGUGGCAGACAUUUUAUUUGUGAGAACAAGUUAUGUGAAGAAAAUCAUUGAGGACUGCAGUAACUCAGAGGAAACUGUCAAAUUGCUUCGUUUUUGCUGCUGGGAGAAUCCUCAGUUCUCAUCUACUGUCCUCAGUGAACUUCUCUGGCAGGUUGCAUAUUCCUACACUUAUGAACUCCGGCCCUAUUUGGAUCUGCUUUUGCAAAUCUUACUGAUUGAGGACUCCUGGCAGACUCACAGAAUUCAUAAUGCACUUAAAGGAAUCCCAGAUGACCGAGAUGGGCUGUUUGACACAAUCCAGCGCUCUAAGAAUCACUAUCAAAAGAGAGCAUACCAGUGUAUAAAAUGUAUGGUAGCUCUUUUUAGCAAUUGUCCUGUUGCUUACCAGAUUCUGCAGGGCAAUGGAGAUCUUAAAAGAAAGUGGACCUGGGCAGUGGAAUGGCUUGGAGAUGAACUUGAAAGACGACCAUACACCGGCAACCCUCAGUACACUUACAACAACUGGUCUCCUCCAGUGCAGAGCAAUGAAACAUCAAAUGGUUAUUUCUUGGAGAGAUCACAUAGUGCUAGGAUGACACUUGCAAAAGCUUGUGAACUCUGUCCAGAGGAGGAGCCAGAUGACCAAGAUGCCCCAGAUGAGCAUGAGUCACCUCCACCUGAAGAUGCCCCAUUAUACCCCCAUUCACCUGGAUCUCAGUAUCAACAGAAUAACCAUGUGCAUGGACAGCCGUAUACAGGCCCAGCAGCACAUCACAUGAACAACCCUCAGAGAACUGGCCAACGAGCACAAGAAAAUUACGAAGGCAGUGAAGAAGUAUCCCCACCUCAGACGAAGGAUCAGUGAAAUGCACAUAAUUAACUAGUUCCAUCAAGACUGUGCACCCAGGCCUUACAGUCCAACCUUUUUCUGUGUCUGGCUAAUAAUUUAAAACUAGAAAAACUAUUCCUAAUCAACAUGGAGUGGAGAGUUUAUUCACUGUCUUAUCUGCAGAAAUUUGCUGUCAAUAUAUAACCCGCCUGCAGUGGAAAGUGUAUAGUGUUUUGUAAUAAAUGGCCUGAUGCUAAUGUGUAAAUGGCAAAGGUGUAUAUAGUAUAUUAAUGUUUGACUGUUAAUUCUUAAGCAAGAAACUUUUCUUGAGGAGACUCACAGAUCUACAAAAACUACAAAAGUUAAUUUUCUUGUUCUUCCCACUGCACUCUGCAACCAGUGUUGACUGCCUCGUGGCAGUUGGAUCUGCUCCUUUACAAAAACAAAAAAAUAAACCAACAGCAACAAAACAGCCCAUCCAUGUCAACCACACCAAUAGUUUCAUGUUAAUCUUUGCCACGGGAGUCAGUUUUACUAUGAGCAAUGAUAUAAGGCUGGUAACCUUUAAAUUAUUUGGUUGAUGUGGAAAAUUGGUGAUGUAAUAUUGUUUCUAGAUCUUUUUCAUUGCCUUUUUAAUUCUGAUGUUAGGUUAAUCACUUUGAAGCUAUAGUUAAUGCUGUAACAUUUAGCAUGGCUUCACACCAGGUUAGUGUAGCCAAUGAGGAAAAAAUUACCCUAAUGACAGCAGUUGUCCCAGUGUGACAGCUGUAUUGCUCAGAGCUUUUCCUUCUUACACCUAGAAUAUAAGUAUAAAACAAGGGGAGAAAUGUGAGAAACAGGCGGUUUUCAGUUACACAUACGUUGCUUAUGUCUAAUGUUUGACAGUUCAAUCUCUGGGUGGGAUAAAGAAAUUUAAAUAUCAGUAAUGGGAAUUUUUAAAGAUUUAAAACAAAUAUGCAAAAAUUUGCUAUGCCAGGAUGCUUGGAGCAUAAUAGAAGAUUGUAUUUGGUGUGCUUGUUUUGUUUCUUUGGUAGAGCUUAUUAGAUGAAUCUUCUAGAACUUUCCUUCCGCUGGACCCCAGUGAAGUGGAAGUCACCAGAAUCCCACAGUACUUGGAGCGCCACUGCACCAAGCUUGUCUGGCUGAGUUUCUGCUCAGGCACAGUUUUACUUGAAAGCAAGAAUUGUCCUAGCUCCUUUUCCAUUAUUCCAAAAUUUUGAAUGUUCGAAGCAGGGUCUUGAUUAAAAAGGAAACUACUGGUUAGUUAAUCUAAUUGAGGUAUCAUAAUUUCAGCAUAAACAUUUAAUUAAAGAUAAGGAACUCAUCAGUUAAUACUGUAUUUAAAAGAGAAUUGGUAACUUGAAUGUGUGUAAUUUUUGGAACCUGUCUAAAAACCAAAUACCCCUGCAAACAGAUACAGUCCACCCUAUUCUAUUUAAAUAUUUUGCUGUUUUAUUUUAUAGAAAUUAUUUUGCUGAAUUCACAAAUAGAAUUUGAUUUAUGAAGAA